AUCAACGACUACGAGCUCAGUUGAUGUGAGAGAGCGGAGAGAGGAGGAAGUGCGGCAAAUCUAUUCCGACAAGAUUUUGUGUCAGUGUCACAUUUACCCGUGUUCUGGCCGCACUACGACAAUGUAAAACGGUCCAUCAACUUCCCAUGGGAUCCUUCUAACAUUGUCAAUGAGUGUCAAAGGCAUCCAGUGCAUGUACCGCCCUGUCAUUUGAAAACAGGCCCUAGCGCCUUAUCAAGUGAACGUUCGUCCACAACCAGCUAUUGUUUCAAAUAUCUUUGAACCUAGCUCCAACCUUACGUUUCCAAGACGCUAGUAUAAAUGUACCCAAGACCUUCCCUGGUUGGAAAUUCGGCAAUGCGGAACAUUUUCCCGCGUCCUUGCCAUUAGCUUUACCGCUGAGAGAACGCACGGAAAUCGGAGAGUAACUGCUUCUGGACGUUUUUCCUUAUCGUCAUCCAGAGAAGCUCCAGCCGCUCGCCCAACUCUCAAGUCACAUGCGCUCUCUGGGCUUCCUCCUCAAAAGCAGAUCGAUAGUGUUGGAAUGAGUGAGUUGUGCCGUUGAAUUAGUCCAGGCAAGGGCCGAGUCAAAGUAUAUUCACGAGUAUGGCUGCCAGUGUUCCCGUUCGGAGCCUAAACCCGCACUUAAUGUGCGCUCUGUGCAGUGGGUAUUUCAUCGAUCCGGUCACCAUCACCGAAUGUCUUCAUUCGUUCUGCAAAUCGUGCAUCAUCAAAUAUUUGGACUUGAACAAAAAAUGUCCAAUAUGUGACUUGCAUAUUCACAAGACCCGCCCUCUUCUCAACAUUAGGUCAGACAAAACUCUGCAAGAAAUAGUAUACAAGUUGGUACCUGGACUACAUCAGGAGGAAAUGAGACGGCGACAGCUGUUCUAUGAGCAACAUCCAGUCCGAGAUGCAAACUAUCAAUCCUUCAAAGAAGAGAAGGAGAAAAUGUUCUUCAGUUCUCUGGAUAAGAUGUCCUUAUCAUUUGAGUAUUACGAUCAAGAUUUAGCCAACACACACACCCAAAAGGUUCGAAAAGGUACUUCGAACCGUCGAUUUCUUCAAUGCCCCGGCAUGAUGAAGAUCAAACACUUGAAAAAAUUCGUUAGAAUGAAAUACGGGCUCGUCGAUGAGAAUUUUGCUAUUGAUGUGAUCUACAAAAACGAACUGAUACCCGAAGAAUACACGCUCAUUGACGUGGCUUACUUGUACAAUUGGAGAAAGGAGACGCCCAUGCAGUUCUACUACCGAGUCUUUAAGAAGAACAUUGUUCACUUGCGGAAACGAAAGCGAAAGCACAGUACUACCAAUGAUGUCAUGUCUAACAACAAAAAGACGACCUCGGUCAUGGAAGGUAUCGUUGUGACUAAGAAUGGGACGAAGGAGGUUUCCAAGGUGAGCCCCACACCCAUCUCGAGUCCGAAGAAGUCAACGGAAGUCAUUGAGCUUUCCAUUAACGUGUCUGCCAAUGACGUCAAGCAAGUUGUGUCUGAGUUGAACAGCAAAGAUUCCAAAGAUGAACCCUUGGAGAAGAAACGCUCCCAGUUGUCUUCUUCGGAUACCAGUAAUCACAAUGGUGAUGAGUCCCAUGGCAAGAAUUCCAACACACUCCACAGUCGAACGAUUUCUACUGGAGGGAACAGCAUCCUAUCCACCAUCGUACAGAAUUUGGCACGCAAGAAGCUCGAAGACUCGCACAAUGCCUCACUCAAGAACAAUUCCUCUUCGAUUGGCUCCCAGAGCAAGUCAACUAGCAACAAAGAAGCUCGGGAUCCUUUGAGCAAGUCUCCAUUGAGUCAGAACCAUGUUGUCAAUGGCACGAAAACCUCUUCCUCCACCACCAUGGAAAAGCCUUCAAUUAAGACCAUCGGCAUCAAGGCUGAUCGAGGAGGAACCGGGAAUGGCGGAGGCAUUCAUCACUUGAGUAAGAAAGGAUUAGGGGAUCGGUCUCUCAUGAAGUUGGGAUCAAGCAAUGGCGAUUCAAUGGGAACCUUGAUCAUGAAAAGACCCGUGGCCAAAGAGUUCCCAGCGUCUUCUAUUGGGAUCCCGACAUCCGGCAUUCAAGUCAGUAGCAACAAGGAUCAGACCUCAGGCCUAAGUUUCACCUCCAAACCAGCUUUAACCACUGUGAACAAAACCACUCCUCAGUCUCUUCCUUUAACAUCCAAACCAGCUCCAUUGAUAAGUAAAAGUGUCAUGGGCCCAACUGGGCUACCCGUAUUACAGAUCACUUCUAGUGCAGCACGAUUGCCCACCAGCUUGGUCACAGUCCCUGUCAAAGCUAAAACCACGUCACUCAAAUUCUCGGUGGCCACCAAACCGACCACGCAUUCCCCAUCAAUCAGUUCGAGCAUGUUGGGCCGGGUAUUGCCCACCAAUCCCGUGGGCCACGUGGGACCACCUGUCAAGGAGUUGAUUUGGGGUCAAAGUCCCACAGGCUCUGUCUCCAUGGGAUUGAACAAGGCUAAGAUGACGCCCAUUAGCAAGGCCUUAAACCAAUCGAUUCGUCAGAUCCCCAAUCCAUCCUUACUUACAAAGCCUAAGUCGCCGGAUCAUGUGCCAGUCUCGAAACCAGCGCCAUCUCCAGUAUCAUCAACGGCAAUGGGAGGAACUGGAACAACUCCAGCCGCCGUAGCAGUAACGACGAACACGAAUAAAAUGUGUGUAGGCGGGUCAAGAGUGCUUGAGGCUCAAAAGUAGAGAACUCAUGCAGGAUGGGAACGAAUGGACGUAUUUAUUUUCAUGCCAAAUCGUACAAUAUAGUAUGAAAAUUGAAUAUACUUUUAAACAAAAAUG